AUGGAUAAGCCAAUGCGAUUCCUAUUAUUCUUUUCCUUUUCAUUUUGUCUCUUUUUGAUUGCACGAGCCGAUGUUGAAGUGAAGGAUGGUGAGAAAAACCCUUGUCCUGACUUAAACGAAGAGAGACGAAAUGGAGGAGAUAAAAAAUGUGAAAAGUAUUGCCUCGGAAAAGAAAUAAAGGCCUGCACUCUUAUAGCACAUUUAAAUUCUUGCUAUUGCAAAGAUGGGUAUUUGUGGUUGAGUCAAAAGAACAAAACAUGUAUUACACAAGUGGAGUGUGAUGUAAUGAAAGAAUUCGAUGAGGCAGAUGAUCUAAUUUCUGCCGUUGCAUUUAUCAAUUUCAAUACAUCAAAAGUGAUUCAAACAUUGGCACUGAAGACGAACACAAAAGAGAUUUUGACUCGAUGCCAGUGCGCAAGGAAGGAUUCUGGUCAAAGCGAGAAGUCUAUGUCGGAAAAUGAGUUCUCUUUUAGAUACAUCAAAAAAGUGAGUGGUGAAAACUUGACAUUGGAAUGUGCUCGUCCUAUUGGCUCGUACGUGCGCUGGGAGUAUCCAUAUGAGGGCAACAUGGAACUUGAAGGUAAUAAGAUUAAGUUGUUUGUUGAAAAUGAAGAAUGGAUUGAGAGAUGUACAAUGAACAAAAAAUUACCUAACCCGGAUGAAGUCAAAAACAUCCGGGCCCAUCCAGCUCUUAAUCAAACAAAUCACUUGAAGUGUAUUAAACUGUGGGAAAAUUAUCAUCCAAGUCAUGGCUUCUUUAUCACAUCAAGUGAGAUACCACUCAAAUGGAGUCAAGUCAACAAUAAGAAAUUCCGUUGUGAAUACGAGAAUGGAAGCGUCGAGUUUUUCAUACAGGCUACAAAAUCGAUUCCAGGCUUCAAAGGUGGAGAAACAAAAUUAAAUUGUACUUUAUUUAAUCAACAACUGUUGCUUCUCGAUAUUAAAAAGGGUCGACUGAAACUUUCUUGUCCAUCAUGUGAUUCAAAUAUUGAUCAGACUGUCGUCAAUCAAAUAUUUGAGCGAUUCGAAGAAAACGAGACUUUGCAAGAGGCAAUCACUUUUUGGAAGUCAAACAAUAAGAGCUUUUGCAGUUGUAUUCAACAAAUUGGUGCUGGUGGAGAUGCUCUGAAAACAUUACUAAUCUUCGUUUUUGCUUUUAUUUUACUCGUGGCUGCACUGCUUUCUCUUUAUGUUUCCUUUGCUUUCUGGAUCAUACACAAGAGAAGAGCUAUUGGUAGAAGAAUAAAGUUCGAACUCGAGGAAGAGACAACUCCAUUACAAACAAGAGUUGAGAUGGAAUCUCUUGUUGAAGCACAGAAAGUUGAUCAGUUCAAAUCUCCUUCGAAGAUUGCCGAAUUUGAGCAAACAUACGAGGAACGUCCAAUAGGAGUUGGCGAAUUCGGAAAAGUCUGCGAGUUGAUUGGACACAAUCCUAUCUUUGUCACAAUGGAAUUUGUUUUGAAAAUCGGAGACUUCGGUUUGGCAAAGUACAUUGAGAAGACUUGUGUGGGUAGCUUUGCCGGAACACAACGCUAUAUGAGUCCCACACGAUCGAGAGAGGGUGACGAUUUGCAGGCCUCUCACCGAAAUGAUGUGUAUGCAUUGGGGCUUGUUUUGUGGGAAAUCAUCGAAAGAAGAAUCGUCUUCUUGGAAUACGGGUCACGGGGAAGCUUCAAUCCAUAUGAUUUCUUUGCAGACAUCAUACAAAAGAAGUUGAAGAGACUGAUUGCACCAAAUUGUCAAAAAGGGAUUCGAGAGAUCAUUAGGAGAUGUACAAACUUCAAUCGUUCAUCAAGGCCGAUGGCUGUCGAAGUUCUUGAAGAACUCAUAAGAUUUCAACAGAAUGAUUCAUUUAUCGAUUCUCUGAACGUUGAACCAACUGAAGAGCCCGAACAACAAAGAGGAUCCAAGGAUCUCCCCAAAACCCUCUACUCGCCAAAUCUUUGCGGUGUAAAUUUGAAAACAAAUGAGGAGUAUUUGUUGAGCGGAACCGAAUCGACAUUCAAUUAUCUCAUUGCAACACUUUGCUCCCAAAUCACUCAUAACGUUUCGCCGCUUUGGAAAGACAUACCCAAAGCGAUGAAGAAGAGUGUCCGAAAUUUGCACUGCGAUGCAUCGAGUACAAUCGGACCAAUGGAGACAACGCCUAAGAACAUCAGAUCG